CCAAUACAUGUUUCCUUCCGCAUUCUGACGGACGAGUGUCAGUGCUGUAAGUGACAGGGGUUAGUGCAGCUAAUGUUCUUUUCCAUCUAAAACCAUUUUGUAUCGUAUCCACGUACUUAACUUGUCAAUCGCAAAGCUAAUACACUCUUCGCUAACUUUAAACGAAGCCAAUUAUUAGUUAGCAACGACAAAUGCUUUCGUUUAAGGGCGUUCUAACGGUCGGUCCGGAGAGCAUUUGAGGUCAUCAUGCUCCCCCGGGCGGGUAUGGAAUUCUUGGUUCGAAUUCGGUUCUCCUGGCGACGGCUGCUCCAGGGUCGAUACCUGCUUCUAACUAACACGUUGAGCUGUGGAGGGAUGCUGGCGCUUGGAGACGUGCUGCAGCAGAGUCGGGAGAUUCAUAAAGAACAAUCCCGAGUUCGAGACUGGAGCAGAACAGGUCGCAUGUUCGUGGUGGGCUGUUCCAUGGGUCCCGCACUCCACUACUGGUACACCUGGCUUGACCAUGCCUUUGUGGGCCACACUCUCAAGAUUGUUGGGAAGAAGGUUCUAAUAGAUCAGUUGGUGGCAUCACCAGCACUUGGAGGAUGGUACUUUUUAGCCCUUGGUGUAAUGGAGGGCCGGUCCCUCUCUGAAGGAUUGGAGGAGUUCAGGGGCAAGUUCUGGGAGUUUUAUAAGGCAGACUGGUGUGUCUGGCCCACGGCCCAGAUGAUCAACUUUUACUUCCUCUCGCCAAAGUUCCGGGUCUUGUAUGUCAACACCAUCACUUUAGGAUGGGACACCUAUCUGUCUUACCUCAAACACAGGGAUAACACCCAGCCUUCUCUACUGGAAUCAGACUCACAGCAGGAAAUCCUGCCUCAAUCCGAACCACUGCAGAAGGAAACUUGAAGAGAUGAAAAUAUGAAAAACCGUGCCAGAUUGUUGUUAACCAAACUAGCUAAUGGAUGUGUGUUCUAAUGAAGUGCUGGACCAUUCUGUAUGUAUGUAUGUGUGUAUGCGCGUGGACGUGUGUGUGUAUACUUACAUACGUAUGUUCUGUCAGGGAUGAAAAGCUACAUAACUGCCCAUCGGUCAGACAAAAUCGUCAAUAAAUUCCAUAUCUGUUGUUUUUUGUUCUAAUCAUGAUCAGACUGAUUUCUUUUUUGUCAUGUCAAUUCGACAUUGCCUUAUCAGUUUUAAUGAUGUUGUAAAUGAGAUUUCAAUGUAACGCCACCAUCAACGUUAAAAUGUAUUCUCUUAAAAAAAAAAAAAAAAGUUUUUUUUCUUCUAAAGGCCACAGUGCUGAGGUGUUGCGAUCUUGUGUUGUUGCAACACGACUGUGAUAAUACAAGAGCCAAGGUCUUGUGUCUAGUCAACAUCUCUGGAAGAAAUAUAUUCUGUGAACUCAGUUCAUCAUCUUAAAUGCUGUUAAAUUAUUGUGAAGUAGCUGUUUACUGUUCAAAUCUAUGACAGAGAUUAAAUUUUACAUUUUUUUCCCCAACACUGGUUUAUGUGUUUCCUUUGAACUUAUUUCUCUUGGUUGGACUGGCACAUGCUGAUAAUAAUAUACAGUUGUAUAUUACUGAUGUGUAAUGUGUUAAGAUCAGUUUCAUGUCAGUGUAACAACAAUAAUGAUCAGAUAUUGUGAUAUGUUAAUAAGUCGGUUGUAUCACGAUGGUAUUCGUCAUGUCCUCUCUGCCUACUAUGUCUGUAAAUUACUUUCCCACCUACUCAAAUUUUCUCAAGGCAGGCUACCGGUCAUCUCCACUGACAUUAAACAUUUAUUUUAAACCUUUCAAUGGCUGAAAGAAUUAACUCGGUUAAAAUGAAUAUUCUACCAAGCUUUACCUAUCUUUUCCUAUGUAUCCCACUUUUUGUUCCUGUUCAAAGUUGAUAACCUGAUUUCAGAUUUUAUUUGAAACAAAAAACAUCCACGAAUCCGAAAACAAUACCAACAACCUACCCAUUUUUUUUUUGUUUUAUUAUUGGGCGACCAAUAUAAGGGUAUUGAACUAUUGACUACAAACUGAGGAUUUUGAACCUCUCCCUGGAUGGUUAACGCUUGAAGCUACUUCUGUUAAACCAACUUCUUUAAGGGCCCUUGUACAUGCCACUUCUCUGUCUUAUUGUAAAAACCUCACUUAAGAUCUGGACUCAAUUUAAACACUACUUUGGCCUUCAACUCUCCUCCAUACAGGCACCAUUAAUUGCAAAUCAUACAUUUAUUCCCUUUCUUGAUUGACAGCGGCUUUGUGACCUGGAGCAAUUGUGGCAUCAAGACAGUUAGAGAUUUAUUCAUCGAUGGUACUUUUGCAUCUUUUCAAUGACCUUUCAUCGCUCUUUUUAGGUACUUGCAGAUACGUAGUUUUGUUCAGACGAAAAAUGCCUUCUUUCCCAAGCCUUCCUGAUAUAUCUACCACAGAUAUCUUUAUAAAUCCCCUCUUACACAGUAAAAAGACUCAUUUCAUAUUAUUUUACUGAAAUUAACAGACUACGGGAGGACUCACAGAACUCUAUUAAAUUGGGAUAAGGAUUUGGGCAUCGUAUUCUCUGGGGAGAUGUGGUCAGAUGUUUUGAGACGUGUACAUAUUGCAUUGUUGAACUGUGAUAGAUGUCACCUCAGACCUUGGUCCCUUUUGGUUGGAGAUCCUUCACACUAUACCUCAGAUUGCAGGUGAAUAUGUGCCAUCCACACUAUUAACUGCAUUGUUUGGUAUCUCAAAUUCACCUACCCUGUCCUCGUCUGUAAAAGAUGCCAUAGCCUUUAUGAUCGUACUUGCCAGGAGAAUAAUUCUACUGAAAUGGAAGAAUGCCACCCCCCCACGUUUAUUCACUGGGUGAGAGAUGUUUUGUUACAAUUGGAAAAGAUUAAAAUCACUCUCAGAAAUACAUGGAAUAAAUUUGAGAAAGAUGGGGGCUCAUUUUUCAACCUACUGGCCUUUAUUUUUAAUUUAGUUUAAAAUUCUAGUUGCUGAUAUAUUAAGUUAUCCCUCCAAACUCGUGU